AUGGUUGAAGACAAAAGUGGGAGGAGUUUAUUGAGUCUCUUCCUCUGCUCUACAGGAAGUGUGAGGCUGGUGGAUGGUGGAAGUCGCUGUGCUGGGAGAGUGGAGGUUCUUCAUGAUGGACAGUGGGGAACAGUGUGUGGUAUAGGCUGGGAUCUGGACGAUGCUGCAGUGGUGUGUAGAGAGCUGGACUGUGGAGAGGCUGUAGAUGCUCCACAAUAUGGUCACUUUGGACCAGGAUCAGGACAAAUCUGGAUGGAUAAUGUACAGUGUGGAGGAUCAGAAUCUACACUGAAGAACUGUGGAUCAAGAGGAUGGGGGAAACAUAACUGUUAUCAUGAUUGGGAUGCUGGAGUUGUGUGUUCAGGACACAGAAAGGCCAAAGUUGUUGAUGGUCCUCACCGAUGCUCCGGGAGAGUCGAGAUAUAUCAUGGGAAGACCUGGACCACAGUGUGUGAUGCUGACUUUGACCAGCAGGAUGCAGAGGUUGUGUGUCGAGAGCUGAACUGUGGACUUCCUGUGGAGGUGCUGGGAGCUGCUGCUUUUGGUAGAGGAGAACAUCAGGUGUGGACAGAGGAGCUUCAGUGUAGAGGAAACGAGUCUCAGAUUUACUUCUGUCCAACAUCACCUACCAACCUCACCUGCUCCCAUUCCAGUGAUGUGGGAUUAAUCUGUUCUGGUCACACUGAGGCUCGGCUGGUGGACGGUCCAGACUCCUGUUCUGGUCGAGUGGAGCUCCAGUACCUCAGUGAUUGGGGAACAGUUUGUGCUGGAAGCUGGAACAUGAAAGCUGCCAGUGUCCUCUGUGCCCAGCUGAAUUGUGGGAGUGCUGUGGCUGUCCUGGAGGCCGACCGGUUUGGGAAGGGAAGCGGCCAGAUCUGGUCUGAUGUGUUUGAUUGUAAGGGGAACGAGACCCACCUGUCCCAAUGUCCAGUCUCAUCAUGGAGUCGAGCUGCAUGCUCUCAUAAACAGGAUGCUGGAGUUAUCUGUACUGGUUCCUCUCUGGCGUUUCAUGAUGGGCGAGUGAGGUUAACAGGAGGAAGUGAGUGUCAGGGGGAGGUGGAGGUUUAUUUUGGACAGGACUGGAGGAAGGUUCUCCUGGACUCCUGGAGUCUGGCUGAGUCCUCUGUGCUCUGCAGACAGCUGGGCUGUGGAUCUGUGCUGAACUUCAGCUCCUCUCCAUCCACUACUGAACACAACCACACGUGUGGAACAGCUUUCAAUUGCUCUGGAAGUGAAGAACAUCUGGGGAACUGCAGCAGUGCAAAACCUGCUAACUGCAGCGCCAGAGAACUGCUGUCCAUCACCUGCUCUGCCCACAACUCCAUCAGGCUGGUUGGUUCUGGUGGAGACUGUGCAGGAAGGCUGGAGGUUUUCCACAGUGGUUCAUGGGGAACAGUGUGUGGUGACUUGUGGGAUAUUAAAGAUGCCCAGGUGGUUUGCAGAGAGCUACAGUGUGGUGUGGCCCUCAGUACCCACAUACCAGCCUGGUUUGGUCCUGGAACUGGGUCCAUAUUGCUGAAUAAGGUGGAGUGUGAGGGGAACGAGACUUCCCUGUGGAACUGCGGAUUUAAGAUCUGUGAGGAGAAUGAAUGUGGACACCAAGAGGACGUCGGGGUGGUGUGUUCAGAGUUUAAUGAGUUCCGACUCACUGGGGGGUGUGAGGGGGGUCUGGAGGUUUUCUACAAUGGAAUUUGGGGUAACGUGUGUGAAAACAUUAAUGAACUUACAGCAAGUUUAAUCUGCCAAGAGCUGAACUGUGGAAGAACUGGAACUGAGUACCAUACAACAGCAAGACUGGAAUCUGCCCCCUACUGGCUGGAUGAUCUGCGCUGUAGGAAACAUGAUGUAGCUCUAAGGAAUUGUCCAUCAUCAUGGGGGCAGAACAGGUGUUAUGGUGUUGCUCAAAUUACCUGCUCAGGAAAGAAAGAAGAUCUGGUACAUCAAGACCAUCUGACAUGCUUCACAUUUCCUCACCAGAAACAGUGUUCAAAUCACCUGCCUCUCAGGCUGAUUGGAGGAAAGGGAAGCUGCUCUGGAAGGCUGGAGGUUUAUUAUGAUGCUACAUGGGGAAGCGUGUGUGAUGAUCAGUGGGACAUCAGAGAUGCUCAGGUGGUCUGCAGGCAGCUGGGCUGUGGUGGAGCACUGAGUGCUGAUAGGAACGCUACCUUUGGUGCUGGUGAAGGAACCAUCUGGCUGAACAGAGUGAAGUGUAGAGGAGACGAGAUUCACCUGUGGAACUGUCAUCAUUCCCUGAAGUACCAGACAGACUGCACCCACAAACAGGAUGCUGGAGUCACAUGUGCAGAGAUAUCAGCAUCCUCUAUUACUACACCCACAACAACCACCAUCAUCACCGAAGCAGUGAAACAAACAAUGAAAAGAACAGCCAAUCCAGAACCUCCAUCAGCAGCUGCUCUAUCCACCCCUCCACUGGCCCUGAUCCUGCUGGGAACGCUGCUCUUCCUGGCCUUAGUGCUUCUGGUUGUGAUGUUUUUCCAGAACAGAGGACUCAGGAGAGGUCUCUAUAAGAUGAAGCAUAAGACUCUGUCAGAGGCAGUUUAUGAAGAAAUCAACCACAGAUACUCCACUAGAAGAACCAGACGUUCCAGUAAAAGAGGAAGUCUCCUCUCUGAAUCAGAGCAUUCUGGGUAUGAAGACGUGGAUGAGGAGCUUCUCUCAGAAAAAUCUGGGUUUGGAGAUAAAGCCGAGUAUUAUGAUGAUGCCAUCACAACUAAUGACCUGAUAACGAAAGUAAAAACAGCAGAGGAAUAUGAUGAUGCCGUCACUGCUGGAUCGAUUCCUGAAAACAUACCUGGUGAUACGAGGAGAGUGGACACACCAGAGGACUAUGAUGAUGUGAUGACUGCUGGACUGAUCCCUGAUAACGUAGCCGAGGACGAAGCUGAGAAUUAUGAUGACGCCAUUACAGCUGAUCAGAAGUCCCAGAUAAUGACAGAAGAAACACCACCAGAGGACCAUGAUGAUGCUGUUACCAUGGAAACAAAGCCAAACUUGAUAACAGAGGAAUCAGAGGACUAUGAUGAUGUGAUGGGUGCUGAACAGGAAGUAGGAGGUGCAGAAGAUUAUGAUGACGUGGAGAAGGAGCCUCAGAGAGACCCAGACCAUGUGACCCAGAGACGCCGCCCAAUGUCUUUGUUCAGGAAAUGACAUCAUAACAUCUCUAACCUCAGGAAAUGAUUUUCUAACAGCUUCAGCUCCUGAUAUUUUAUUCAUCUGAAUCUUUGUUGAUCUCAGUGUUGAACAUUUCAGUCGAGCACGGGGGGGUAAAAACGUCCCCAAAUUUUAUUUUACAUUCUGUAACGUAACCAGCCACAGUUCGCUAACACAAAGAUCCAGCUUAUAAUAUCUUUUUAUUUUGUAUUUUAGAAAAAAUCAAUUUGCUGUAAGUAAAAGAAAAAUUCUACAUAUUUGAUAUUAAUAUUUUGUAAUGUUUAUAUUUUAUUAUAAUUAAGUUUAAGGUAGUUUAAUAUUUUUAUAUUUAAAGUGAACUAAUACUUUAUUUUUAUACAUUUUGAGAAUAAAGUUGCUGAUCUGUGAUCUACAUGUAAUUAUUAGUACAUUUAUUAAAAUAUUAGACUUUAAUAAAGGGGUGCAGACCUGUGA